AUGGCACCCGCAAGAUACGCCGCCGAGGCCGUGGACCCCAAACCCCUCGCCGAACCCCUCAAGUUCGCCUUCUCAGGCAAAGUCGCAAAGAAUCGCUUCCUCAAGGGCGCAAUGACGGAGCGCCUCUCGACCUGGGAUCCCAAAACCCCGUCCAACCGCGGCAUCCCCACCCCGGAACUCAUCAACCUCUACCGCCGCUGGGGCGAGGGCGACUUUGGCGUCCUUCUCUCCGGCAACGUCAUGAUCGACUACGACCAGCUCGAGGCCGCCGGCAACCCGAUUAUCCCGCUCGACGCCCCCUUUGAGGGCGAGCGCUUCGAGGGGUUCCGCAAGCUUGCCGAGGGGGCCAAGGCGCAUGGGAGCUUACUGCACGCGCAGCUUAGUCACCCCGGCAGACAGGUCGAGCAGAAGAUCAACCCGCACCCCAUCUCGGCGAGCGAUGUGCAGCUCGAGGGUGAUGUCAUGGGUAUGAGGUUCGCGAAGCCGAGGGCGAUGGAGAAGGAGGACUUUGAAAAGGUGAUUGGUGGGUUUGCGCAUGCGGCUGAGUAUGUGUACAAGGCUGGCUUUGAUGGAGUUGAGCUUCAUGGUGCACACGGCUACCUCCUCGCGCAAUUCCUCUCGCCGACAACAAACAAGCGCACCGACCAGUAUGGCGGCUCCCUAACCAACCGCGCGCGCAUCAUUCUCGAAAUCGCCGAUGCCAUCCGCGCCCGCGUCCCCGACCCGUCCUUCAGCAUCGGCAUCAAAGUCAACAGCGUCGAGUUCCAAGACGAGGGCUUCUCGACCGAAGACUGCCGCGACCUCUGCUCCGCGCUCGAGGACGCCUCCUUCGAUUUCGUCGAGCUUUCGGGAGGAACAUACCAGUCCCUCGCCUUCGAGCACAAGCGCGAAUCCACAAAGAAGCGUGAAGCCUUCUUCUUGGAUUUCGCCGAGAAGAUUAUCCCGCAGCUCACCAAGACGAAAGCGUACGUCACCGGUGGGCUGAGGACUGUGCCUGCCAUGGUAGAGGCGCUGAAGACGGUGCACGGGAUCGGGCUGGCGAGGCCCGCGUGUAACGAGGUUGAUCUGCCGCGCAAGAUCAUUGCGGGCGAGGCGUCGGCUGCGAUUGAGACGUUGUUGGGCGAGCAGGAUUUCGGACUGACGAAUAUGUUGGCCGGCACGCAGAUGAGGCUCAUCGGACGGGAUCAGGAGCCGUUGGAUGUGAGCAAGGAGAAGUACAAGGAUGUGUUUAUGAAGUCACUGGGAACGUGGGCGGAGGCGAUGGGGAAGAAUGAGGAUGGGAGCAAGUUUGGGUAUAUUGAUAUUGAGGGGUUGGAUUUGCACCCCUUUGGAAAGCCGAUCGAACCAUCUCUCCGCGUCCGACGCGCCAUCACAGCAAACGACCCUCUCCUCGUAAAACGAAUCCUCAAAUCCCACCCUCGCCUCCUCCACAACCCAGACCCCUCCCCCGAAGCCCUCUCCAACUCGAACCUCCACCUCGCCGCCUCCCUAGGCCACCUCCCCAUUGCCAAAGUCCUCGUCGACCAUGGCCACGAACACCCCGACCCGGCCCUCAACGAGCAUCACCAAACAGCCCUAAUGCUCGCCGCCGCCGCGGGCCACACCGAGGUCGUCCACUUCCUCUGCGAACGAACCCCGCACGUCAUCCUCCGUCGCGACAUACGCUGGCGCGACGCCAUCAUGGAAGCGAGCCGCGGCGGCCACGACACCGUCCUGCAGAUCCUGCUGACGUACGUUCCCGAGGGCGCGCGUGCCGCCGUGCAGAGGGCGGACCUGGACGGCAACACGGCGCUGCAUUUCGCGAGCAGUAAUGGGAACUUGCUCGUGCUGAGGACGCUGCUUGCCGCUGGCGCCGACGCCGAGAGGAGGAAUGUCUGGAGCUGGACGGCCAUGUCGUACAGCGCUACCGUGCAGGCCGAGGUGUAUCUCAAGGGGCUCGUGACCGAGGUGGAGCGGCGCAAGAUGGUGAGGCAGGAGGUUGAGCAGCUCAAGAACUCUGUCAAGGGGGUGGCUAGCAUCAAGGGCGGUGCCGUGCGGGUUGUUGAGGAGGAUGUCGACGUUGAGGACUGA